AUGGACAAAAAUCCUAUUGUAUAUGUUAUUUUAGCAUCGGCCAAUGAUAAAAUUGAUCUACAAAAUGCUGAACUUAUCAGCAAUCAAAAGCAAUCAUUCAAAUCUAUUGACAAUAAUGUUGAUGAAAAACGUAUUAUUAAAUUUAUUUCUUCUCAUUACUUCACCAAUUAUGAUUUCAAUUUGAAACUGGCCGGGCAUCGACUUAAAGGUAAACAAGAUUUGUUAUUAUUUCCUAAUGAUCGGAAUACAUUUUUGAUCUUAUUCAAUGAACAUAAUUGGCCUGCAACAAUUGAAUCACUUACAUAUGAAAAAAUUUUACCUAAUCAUUUACCUGCUCAAUUUUCUAUAUUACUUCGAAGUGUACCAACUCAUCUUGAUACUUCUGAAUUAUUAGCUUCUAUACAAAACGACUAUCCUGAUGUUAUUAAUGCAUUUCGAAUUAGUAACAAGAACAAACUUCCUACUACUUUGGUUAGACUUGAUAUUAAAAAUAUAAAUGUUAUAAAUGAUUUGCUCAACAAAAAAUUCUUAUAUGUUGAUAAUAUUCGUUUUGCAACUACUGAAUACCUUGCACCUGCCAAGGUCUUGAUUUGCUCCAAAUGUUAUCAGGUAGGACACUUUAGGAGCUCAUGUAAAAAUCCUUUAGAUUUUUGUAAAUUUUGUGGUGCUGGUGUGGACGAUCUUAAUCAACAUAAAUUAAAUUGUGAUAAAAAAUUAAACUGUUUAAGAUGUAAAGGUAAACAUGAUGCAAAUGAUAUGAGAUGCCCUAUUAUUACAACUUAUAGAUCUGCACUUACGAAAUCCUUUCUUACUACAGCUGGUGUUAAUAAUCAUCCACAACAGAAUCAAACAAAUUACUGGUUUAAUAAUAAUGAUUAUCCUGUUUUCGAAAAAAACUCUACUAAUCAUCAUCAUUAUUCAGUCAAUAACAUAGCCAGCGAUGCUGGUAAAAAAAUUGAAGAACUCCUUCUCAAAAUGAAUAAAAUUGAAGAAAAUCUAAAUAAAUUAUUAGAUUUAAAUAAUAAUUAUUCUGAUCAACUUAUUGGUUUACAGCAGGUGGUUAUGAAUCACACGCACGAUUUACACUUACAGCAAAUUGAUACAUCAUUUCAACGUGAUUUUAUAAACCAGUUUGUGUCGCCGUUAUGUCAAGUAAUGGUGGAAGUAAUUCCUACACUUGUAAAACAAAAUGUCUUAAACGACAAAACUCUAUUUUGUUCUUCACUUGCUGGUUUAUGUACCAAACUUGUCAAUGAUUUACCUGGUUAG